CUCAGACCAUAACAAAUAUGGCGUUCGCUGAACCAACAGAAAAGAAAGCGAGACUGAACACUGCUGUACUUGGUGAGGAUAUCUCAUCAAAGUUUCAGACAAACCAGCAGAACUCUGACGUUGAAGUCGAUCUUCGUUCUUUCAUAGAAUUCAACAGCGCGAAGACAGUCGUACCCAAAGCAGUGCUUGCAGACGAAUACAGGCGGGAUUUUCAAACAGUUCAAGUCUAUGCUGCUGAAAUAAGGGACAGGACGCAAACGUCACAACUCAUAAGAACUCUCAACGAUAUUUUCCCUUUGUUGAAUAUGGGACAUUUGAAAAGGGUUCGAUGCCUCAAAAAUGGUAAAGAUUCGGUUCUUCAGAUUGUUUUGCAUUUGAAAGAAGAUGGAAACAUGGAUUUAUUUAAUCCAUCAAUUGAGCAACUUUUAGAGCAAAAUGGCAUAGCAAUAACGUCUCUUGGACAGCCCUUUGUGACUGAUGUUGCAAAGUUCCCACCACUGACAAGAGAACAGUUUAAUCAAGCUUCAAAGCUUUGGCCUGUCAGCUUCCAUGAGGAUAAAUGUAUUUCAAGAGCACUGAGAGGUGAAUUAUUCAAUGAAGAUGAAAUUCUGGUCAUUAAGAAGUUUAUGAGGAUGGCAUUGACAGAAGCAGAAAAGAUGGAUUCUGGAAAGUUUCCUAUAGGUGCUGUGAUUGUAGACCCACAACGGAACCACCCCAUAGCUAUGUGUCAUGACCUGCGGUGUGCAGGACACCCACUUCAGCAUGCUGUCAUGGUCUGCCUUGAUUUAGUGGCACACAGUCAGUCAUCAGGGGCAUGGCAGCUGGACUGCUUUGAGGAAAAUGGAACAUGGACAUUGAAAAACAAUGAUUCACAACCACAGCAGAGAACUCAAUGUUCUAUUCAUGGCAAGAGUCAUUUUAUGCUGGACUGUAACUCAUCAGGGACAGGGCAUUUAGUGGAUAUAAAAUCAACUGAUUGUAGUGAAACUCGUAACAGGUCAAGUGAUGCUGAUGACAAAUCCAAGUUAGGGCCUUAUCUGUGUACUGGAUAUGAUCUUUAUGUUACAAGGGAGCCUUGUGUUAUGUGUGCAAUGGCCCUAGUCCAUUCCAGAAUUAGACGGGUAUUUUACGGUUGCACUGACAGUGUUACUGGAGCAUUGGGCAGCAGAUAUAAAAUUCAUACCCAAGUGGGACUUAAUCAUCAUUUUGAAGUAUUCUGUGAUGUCUUGGAGGAAGAGUGUAGGACUAUUUUUGAGAGAUCUCCUUCACAAGGAAUAUAAAAUGUUACUGGAACAUUGCAUAAUGUCU